AUGACUGUGAAGAUUAUUCCAGGUCCUCAAGCUCUUUCCCCAUUCAGGGUGGAUAACUUGGUGAAAGGAUUGGAAAUCUACUGCGAACGGUCAGCCUUUAUUCAAGACAUCCGUUCUUGUUAUCUACACUAUGUGGAGGUUAAGCAAGAACUUGGGGACGCUGAAUCUGAACUCCUAGAUGCUUUGUUAAAAUAUGAUUCUCCGUUAGAUAUGAGUGAUAAUUUAAAUCAGUUGAUGGCCGAUGCCUUGGUUAAUAAUAAAGAGGGUUCUUUAGGUGACGACACUUAUUUGAUUAGAAUUGUGCCCCGUCCAGGAACAAUUUCACCAUGGUCAUCUAAGGCUACGAAUAUUGCUGAGGUUUGCAACUUGAAGGAGUUCGUUGGUCGCUUGGAAAGAGGCUUCGCUUUGUUGGUGAAAACCGUUCCAGGCUUUCCAUUGUCCGAAGUUUUGAAUGAUGUUUCGUUGAAAUCAUGUUACGAUAGGAUGACGCAGGUGUUAUAUAUUAACGAGUGUCCAUCAACCGAUGCGAUGUUUUCACACGACCAGCCCAAGCCUCUAGUUCAUGUUCCAUUAGUUGCUCCUAAUGUGUCACCAUCUGAGCUACUUGCAAAGGCUAACACAGAGUUAGGCCUUGCUUUAGACGAAGGUGAAAUCAAGUACCUGGUGCAGGCUUUUGUCGAAAUCAUGCACAGGAACCCAACUGAUGUUGAGUUAUUUAUGUUUGCUCAAGUCAACUCUGAGCACUGUCGUCACAAGAUCUUCAACGCUGAUUGGACGAUAGAUGGCGAAAAGAAGCCCAUGUCUUUGUUUAAAAUGAUUAAGAACACUCAUGAGCAGGUACCAGAUUACACUAUAUCUGCCUAUUCUGAUAAUGCAGCAGUUCUGGACGGCCACGAUGCUUACUACUAUGCUCCAGACUUUACUACCAAGGAAUGGACGGCUAUCAAGGAAAGAGUCGCUAUGUUAAUUAAGGUUGAAACACAUAACCACCCAACAGCAGUUUCCCCAUUCCCAGGUGCUGCUACAGGAUCUGGUGGUGAAAUUAGAGAUGAGGGAGCCACUGGUAGAGGUUCCAAAUCCAAGUGCGGCCUUUCUGGAUAUUCUGUUAGUGACCUACUUAUCCCAGGAAAGACCCAGCCUUGGGAAUUGGACGUGGGAAAGCCAUCUCACAUUGCGUCAGCUUUGAACAUCAUGAUUGAAGCUCCGUUAGGUUCAGCGGCUUUCAAUAAUGAGUUUGGUAGACCAUGUAUAAAUGGUUAUUUCAGGACUUUAACCACUAAAGUUACUAACGCUGACGGCGAGGAAGAGGUUAGAGGUUUCCAUAAGCCAAUUAUGAUUGCCGGUGGUUUUGGUGCUGUAAGGCCCCAAUUUGCCUUGAAGAAUAAGCCAAUUACCCCAGGCUCCGCAUUGAUUGUUCUUGGAGGACAAUCAAUGUUGAUUGGAUUGGGCGGUGGUGCCGCUUCUUCAAUUGCUGCAGGUGAAGGUUCUGCUGAUCUUGAUUUUGCAUCUGUUCAAAGAGGAAAUCCUGAAAUGGAAAGACGUUGUCAGCAAGUUAUUGAUGCCUGUGUUUCUCUUGACGGCGCUAACCCUAUUCAAUCCAUUCAUGAUGUUGGCGCCGGCGGACUUUCAAAUGCUUUACCGGAAUUAGUUCAUGACAAUGACCUAGGUGCUAUAAUUGACAUUAGAAACGUUCUCUCUUUGGAAUCAGGAAUGUCUCCAAUGGAGAUAUGGUGUAACGAGUCUCAAGAACGUUACGUUCUGGGAGUUUCACAAGAAGAUCUAGAAACAUUCAAAGCAAUUUGUGAAAGAGAAAGAGCGCCAUACUCAGUAGUUGGCCAAGCUACCUCCGAGGAGAGGUUGAUUGUCACCGAUUCACUGCUAAAUACAACACCUAUUGAUUUGGAAAUGCAUAUAUUAUUUGGAAAGCCUCCAAAGAUGUCAAGAAACACUGUAACUGAGAAUUUAAUAUUACCAGCUCCACAAUUAAAUGUAAUUCCAUCUUUGAAUGAUGCUAUUGACCGUGUUCUCCAUUUACCAUCUGUUGGUUCGAAGUCAUUUUUAAUUACAAUUGGCGAUAGAACAGUUACUGGUUUGAUUGAUCGUGACCAAUUCGUUGGACCAUGGCAAGUACCUGUUGCAGAUGUUGGUGUAACUGCUACUUCACUAGGUGAAUCUAUUAUUUCCUCUGGUGAGGCUAUGGCAAUGGGAGAAAGACCGCAAAAUGCAUUGAUCAACGCUGGUGCAUCAGCAAAGCUGGCGGUUGCCGAAUCAUUGUUGAAUAUAUUAGCCGCUGACGUAAGAUCCUUAAAGCAAGUUAAACUCUCUGCAAAUUGGAUGUCUCCAGCCUCACACCGUGGUGAGGGUGCUAAGUUAUAUGAAGCAGUCCAGGCUAUUGGUAUGGAUCUAUGUCCAGCAUUGGGUGUCUCCAUUCCAGUCGGGAAAGACUCAAUGUCAAUGAAGAUGAAGUGGGGUGAUAAAACAGUUACUGCCCCAUUAUCUUUGAACAUUACCUCGUUUGCCCCUGUUUCUAAUACAUCUAAAACUUGGACACCAUUACUACGUCGUGUAGACGAAACGGUAUUGGUAUUAGUCGAUCUCGCUGCAAACAUAGAAAAAUCUAUGGGUGGGUCGGCUUUGUUACAAGUUUAUAACCAGGUUGGAAACACUUCUCCUACUGUGCAUAACAAUGACAUCUUCAGGGGUUUCUUGCAUGCUUUGAUAGAAUUACAUGAAACUAAUAUUGUGCAAGCAUACCACGACAGGUCUGAUGGUGGGUUGUUAGUGACACUGCUAGAAAUGGCGUUUGCGUCCAGAUGUGGCUUGGAGAUUUUACCAAACAUCAGCGCAGAAGACAGUGCGUCACUUUUAGUAUCUUUAUUCAAUGAAGAGUUAGGUGCUGUUUUCCAAAUAUCCAAGACGGAUGUUGAACAGUUUAAGAACAUUUUGCAUAGAAAUGGCGUACCUCAAGACUUUGUAUCAGUCGUUGGUAUUCCAGUCUUUGAAUCUCAAUCAAUCACCAUUAUUGAUAAAACUGGUGUAAGAUUAUAUGAAAGCACUAGAGCUGAUCUACAAAAGGCAUGGUCAUUUACUUCAUACGAAAUGCAGAAAUUGAGAGACAAUCCAGUUACAUCAGAACAAGAAUAUUCUUUAAUUGCCGAAAAUAACGACCCUGGUAUCCAAUAUCAGUUGACAUAUAACCCAUUAGAUUCCGUAAAGAUCAACGAGUUGUCUGCUAUUAGACCAAAGGUUGCUAUCUUGAGAGAGCAGGGUGUUAAUGGUCAAAUGGAAAUGGCUUGGUGUUUCCAACAAGCUGGAUUCCAAGCUAUUGAUGUCACAAUGACAGAUUUGAUUGAAGGAAGAUUCCACUUGGAUGAUUUUACUGGUUUGGCAGCUUGUGGUGGGUUCUCAUACGGUGAUGUUUUGGGUGCCGCUGCUGGUUGGGCAAAGUCCGUGUUGUACAACAAAAGCAUGCGCAAGCAAUUUGAAACAUUUUUCCAGGAAAGGACAGAUACAUUUGCCUUUGGUGCAUGCAAUGGUUGUCAGUUCCUCUCCAGGUUAAAAGAUAUUAUUCCAGGCUGUGAAGACUGGCCUAGUUUUGAAAGAAACGAAAGUGAGCAAUACGAAGCCCGUGUUUGUAUGGUCGAGAUAGUGGAAAAUAAAGAUGCCGCUGCAGAAAGUGUGUUCUUAAACCGUAUGGUGGGUUCGAAGCUACCAAUUGCAGUUGCUCACGGUGAAGGUCGUGCUACUUUCAAGAAUGAAAAGCAAUUAGCAUCUUUUGAGAGCCAAGGUCUAACUAGUGUGAGAUACGUUGACAAUUAUGGAAAUGUAACCACCAAAUUCCCUCUAAAUCCUAACGGUUCUGUGAACGGUAUAACCGGUAUCAGAUCACCAAACGGUAGAGUUUUGGCUAUGAUGCCACACCCUGAACGUGUCUGUAGAAUAGAGGCUAAUUCUUGGUACCCAGAAGGCAAGUUUGAUGAAUGGCAAGGUUUUGGACCAUGGAUCGAGCUAUUCAGAUCGGCCAGAAGUUGGGUAGGUUAG